AGAGAAAGCGCGCCGUCCGCGCAGUCUCUUCCCGCUCGGCCGCCUCGCUCCGGCCGUUUCGCGCGCUUUUCUGACAGUUCCUGUGUUGCUACACGACGAAAUUAGUGAAUUAAUCAAAAAUGAAAAUAAGAUGGUGUGUAUUGUUGGGCGCGGUGCUGGUACUCGCCGCGGCUGCCUCCGAGGAAAGCGAGGAUGGUGUGCCUGACGCAGGAGUCGACGGUGACGAGGAACUGGCUUUAAAUGAAGAGGAAACAAGAAAUCUCCGUCCGCGAGCGUAUACUCCGGCAGCUUUCUCCAAUGCGUUACCGAGCGGGUUCCGGCCGACGCCGUCGCUGGCUGAGCUGGCUGGCUACCAACAGCGGCCGCAAGAGCAGCAGGAGUACGUCGUGGUACCCACCAGGCAAUACGAGGAUCAACGACCACAGCAAAGAGCGCCGCAUAGAAAACCACAAGACCAACGUCCAGUUAAACUGCAGCAGCAACAGAUCCAGGAAACAAUAGAAGAGGAAGAAGAAGAAGAGAAAGAGGAACCAGACCGUCUGUCGCAGCUGCUGCAGCAGUCCAAGUUCAACUGCGUCAGCAAACAGACCGGCUACUACGCGGAUGAGGAGCUCAACUGCGAGGUCUUCCACUACUGCCAGGAUAAUGUCAAGCACUCUUGGAUCUGUCCUGAAGGAUUCAGCUUCCACCAGGUGCACCUGAUCUGCAUGCCGGCGACGCAGGAGAACAUCUGCCAGAGGUCAUCGAAGUACCACUUCGUGAACGACUACCUGUACCGGCCCAUCAACCAGGAGGAGGUGCAGCGCAAACCCAACGUCUCCCUCAAGUACUCCGACAGGUUUUACCCCGCGGAGGUCUACAGGGACGACAGAUAUGAACAGGAAGAAGAAGAGGAAGAGGAUGAUCGUCGCACAGCCGCGCCUCAGCCUCAGCGUGCGGUACCUCGCCCGCAGCAGCCCCAGGUGUUCCGUGCCCCCGAGGAGGUGAACAUCCCGCUGGUACAGCGCCGCCCGCAGCGCCCUUAUGAAUUUGACUUCUAAACUUCUAACAAAUGUUAAGUGAAACUGGAUUUUAACCAGAAAUAUUAGCGCCUGAUUAAAUAAAACAGCAAUAUCAAAAAGACAUAACCUUGAAUAUUUUAGCUGCAGUUUAAAACGCAUUUCAUGUUCUUUAUAAUCUGUCACUUGAUUUAAAUAUGGCGGCGACCUUUCAACGUUACCGGUGCUAUUUAUAAAAAUUUAAUUUUAACACAGAGUUGAUUACUUGAUAAUUAAGAUUAAACGUUAUUUAUCUGUACAAUAAAAUAAUCAUUCGUUUUAAGUUACAAAUUAGUUGUAAGCUAGUCUUCGAUGUAAUGUUAGGAUAAAUAAAAGACAAUUCUAGUA